UGCUUGUCGUCUUGGCAUGGUUGCCCGGUCAAUCCAACCCCACCUCACCUCACCUCAGGCCAAGUCUUCUCCUCUUCCUCUUCCACCCGGUCGUCUUCCCCCUCCCUCAGCCCGCAUCAACCACCCCUCCCACUACUACUCCCCCUCUCCCUCCCCAAAUCCCCACGCGGCUUCUCCCUCUCGCGCCCAUCCACGGCGCCCCGCCGCGCCAUUCCGUCCAGUUCUUGAUCCGUGAUCCUGCCGUCGUCGGUCGGUCGCCCAAGGACUCGCCGCCGCCUGUCGCCUGGGCGAGCCGGUCCUGAAUCGCCGCCGGGCUCCGGCGCUACCCGCUGUUCUUCCGUCAGCCGCGGAUUCUGAGGCAGACGGAUUCGAUUCUUGUGGUGAUCGCUGAAUUAGGGGCAGGCAACUGGUUAUUGUUGCCGGCGACGAGGGUUGGCGGCGCGGCUGAUCCGGCUGUUUCGAUUGAUGAAUUCGCGCCGGUCGAGAUCAGUGAAGCUCGUGUCGGCGCGCGCCAGCAAGGCCCUGGAGGUGGAUAUCGCCGAGUCGGACCCCCGGAUGAGCUCCUCGGCCGACAACACCGUCUACUGCUGCAUCGCGAAGGGCCGCAGGGUCAUCUACUGCUACAACAGCAAGGACGGCGACCCGGAGACGGAGGCCGCCGCCGCGCUCUGCCUCGAGCACUCGCCGCCGCACCACCGGCAUUACGUCCACACCUCGGGGUCACGGAGCUACGGGUACCUCAUGGCCGACGGGCACACCUUCUUCGCCAUCAUCGACCCCAGCGUCGGGAACGCCGGCGCCCUGCAGUUCCUGGAGCGCGUGCGCGACGUGUUCAGGAAUAGUGUGAACCGGAAUGGGUUCCAUGACUCGCUGGUGCCGGCGGUGCAGAGGCUGGUGGCGUCGCUGGAGAAGAUGCCCCAUGCCGCGUUGGUGCUCGAGGAGAGCGCGGAGAGGGGAGGGACGAACGAGGGCUCCGGCUGCACGUCGUCGAAGGUGCCUCUGCUGGGGAAGAGUGGCAGCAGGAAGGAGAAGAAGAAGAAGUCCAAGGAUAAGUUGGCGUCGACAGGGGAUGGCGAGGAUGAACGCCAUGGGACUAGGGGGGUGAGGAUAGAUGUGCCGGCGGAGGAGGUCGGAGGAAUGUCGCUGGAGCGGAGCUUGAGCCAGUCCAGGCUCCGACGGCAGCAGCCGUCGCGGUCGCUGUGGAUGCGCCAUGUGAAGAUCAUCAUCGUUGUCGACGCCGUCAUCUGCCUGUUGUUAUUCGCUGCUUGGCUGGCCGUGUGCAAGGGGUUCCGGUGUGUUUCUUCAUGAUGAGAAGAGAAUGUUUGCAUCUGCUGUGUACAGUUUUUGAGGGACUGGGAAGGCUCUGAAUGGAUGUGGUGAGGUUUGAUGUCUUCCUUGUUGGAAAGGUAAAUAUAAGGCAAACAAAAAAUGAUGGUAGAGAGAGAUCAUGUGGUAAAACGAUCCGAUGGUGUGUUCAUGAUCAGAUCAUGAGAAUGGAGGCCUGAUGUCCUGAACAUGUACAUACACCUCAUCUCUGUACAUGAGAAUUCAGUAGGGUUUUUCGUAGAUAUGUGUGUGAUAUAUGAUUCCUUUUCUAAUAAUAGCUGUGCAGUUGAUGAUAUGAUAUACCUUGCUUACAGAUUUACGGUA